AGCGUCCUCUUUUGAUUCACCGCUGACUGGUAAUGAGGUCUGAAAUCUGUUUCCGUAUUCUGUCAGUGAUUUCUCCCAUGGGGCUAUUGGGAAUAGUGAAAUUCUCUCAUCCUCCGGUGUUAAUAUUGACUCUAGCUCGCCUAGGAAGGUUCUCCUUGUUGGGAGUGGAAGCUGGAUGUGCCCACCAUCGGAGCAGUGUAUCAUAUGGCCGGUGUGAUGUGUUACUUGAGUGGGCUGGGUCGGCCUUUGACUUUGAAGGAGGGAGACUUGGAGAGUGAUAGGUGCUGGUUUAGACGUGCAUGGACGCUACAGGAGGUUGGCUAUGACAGGGUAAUUGCUGGGGACACGCCGGAUGGACCACUGCAUGCGGAGCCAAUGAAUGAGGACGGGAAGUAUGAGACUGAACUACUGACUAGGUUUCACAACCAGCUGCAGUCUACAAGGGCAGGGGCCAUUUUCUGGGAGAUGUUUGAGGCGCUGAAGAGCAUGCAAAAUCGGGUGUCGACCAACCCAGUGGACAGAGUCGCAGGACUGACAUUCCUUCUGCAAUCAGAGACGAUACCAGCAUACUAUGAGAGCGAGUCUCCCGAGGACGCAUGGACAGCAUUCGUCAAUUCGAUGCGUGCGGAGAUUCGGGGGGAGUUGUUCUCCUCCUAUCCUGAACCGGGCAAUGCAGGCACAAAAUGGAGACCAUCAUGGAACCAGCUUAUGACGAAGGCUCUGCCCGCAGAUGGAUACCUCAGCACCAAUGUUGAUCGGAAUGAGAUGGAUGAAGACUGGUGCGAGGAGGAGUGCAUUGAAAAGGGGUUGGUGUGGGGGUUGGCUCAGGUUGCGGAAGGGUGUGAUCGACGUGGGGAAUUGAUCGUUAAAGACGCGGGUGGGACAGAACAUGCAUUCAACAUCACAGCCAUCCACGAGUACCCGAUACCUGACGACACAUACACACUGAUUGGCGCUUAUAGAUGGUCGUCCCCAUAUUGCGUUGUCGGGCGAAGACUGUCAGAGAAAAGGUUUGGAAAAGUGUCGGUGUUCCAAAUUCCCGAUGGAGAUGAACGGAGUCGGUUACAAGAUCUGCAUAUAACUGAACAUUGUUGGAACAUUCUUGUUUGAGUACAUAUUGUAGUAGGUAUUCUUCGAUCGAGUGGUUAUCAUGCCUACUUGAGAGGGUGCGAGCUUGACUGCUCUUAUGAAGGCUUCACGCAGUUGAUUCUAGCUCAUCGAUUGCGAAAACCCGAGCUAUACUACAAUGUACUAUGUAUCUCUUUAUAUAUUCAUCGAAAAUCAAAUAAGGCGGAACCAAGCAAAG